UUAUACUGGAUAUUCAGCAUGAUCCAACCAUCUCUGAUGGCAAUGUUCUUACCCAUUGUAUUGGGAGGAAUAGGUGGGUUAAAUGGAGGUGAUUUUGGAAGUAGAUUGAGAAACCAAAGUCCAAAUACAAUGUCCACUAAUACUGGCAGUUCUGGGAGUUCUAACUUGAUGCCCGGAAGUAGGCCACUGACAGUGAGUCCACCUCCACCAAGGGAAAUAUUCCCACCCCGAGUUCCUUACACAUGUACCUUGUUUGUGGAUUCUGGUUACUUCUGUCCCUCCAGAUACCCUCGCCCUUCUACCCAAUAUUAUUACGACCCUUUUACUCAGAGAUGCCAGACCUUUUACUACCGCGGAUGUGGAGGGACCCCAAACCGAUUCUCUUCACGGUACGAAUGUCUUCGAAGCUGUGGUUGUUUCAGCGACAUCGACUUUGGCAACAGUUGUCCCUACAACUCUUACAUCUUUUUCCAACAAUACACAAUAAGAUAUGCCUUCAACAAAUACACAGGAACCUGUCAGCCAUUCCGAUUCAGUGCUUGUAACGGCGGAAAUGAUAACAAUUUCCAGACUCAGCUUGAAUGCCAGACUACUUGUGCACCUUCAAGCGCCGAUUUAGAUGAUCCACCAUUUCGCCACAAUUUUGCAGCGAGUUCUAAUUCCAUACAACAAGGCACUGCUGGAGCAUUAAAUAUGAGGCUCCCAGAAGCAGGGUCUUCGUCGCAAAUGCCAACAGAAGGUAAUGUUCCAUUGAACACUGGAUCUCAGACAGAUUUCGGUUCUUCUUCAAUCAUGGCAAUGCAGAGGUCACCAUCCAACAUAAAUUCAGGAGUCAUAGGCUUCCCUGCAAUUCAAAACAACUUUGGUUCAUCGGCUCUCUCUGCUGGAAAUUCGGCAAUGAAUGGAAGAUUAAACCAGAUGCCUUCACCACUGAAUCCAAGUACUGCACAAAUGAUGAAUUUGAAUGGUCAGAUAAUCCCGGCUGGAGGAAAUAGAAUGCAGAAUAGAAUGAUAUCUAGAAAAGGAAACAAGAUUUAUUGAUAAAGUUAUUUAUCCAUGCCAAUAUCAUUGUUCUUUUUUCCUGAAAAUAAACAAUACAUUUUUUUGUAAUUCAUCCGAUUGCUAAAGAGGCAUAUAUAAAUUAUUAUUUUAAAUUGUAUUAAUAAAUAAACUAAUGUCUAUGGAAUAUCUUUGCAAGUCUCUUUUUAUUUUGUCUUUACUUAGCAGACCUUAAAGAAUUUUUAGUAACAUCUAAUACUUCUGUCAUAUAACUGUUACGCAACAUGCUCGUAAAGUUAAUAAAUUGAAACUGUU